GCCAAACGAAGAACAAAAAACCAUGGCGGUUCCGAAACGACCCCUCUGCUUCGUCGGAGUCGCUCGCCACGCCGGUGCUUUGUUUUCCGCUUCAUGAAAUAAAUGCUGCGUCGGGAUGAGGGAGAAGGGCUAGGGAAAGAGAAGCAAGCGAUUGAAGGAUACGUUAGAGUCAAAAACAAAGAGGAUAUCGUAGGUGCACUGAUAUGCUUCAAGUGAUCUUGAAGGAAUCAUUGUUAGUUUUCUAAACGUUAGCAAAUUAGUGUUUUCUUUGUGUAGCUAUGAACUUGCAAUUUAUUUUUUCUGGUGUUUUUGGUUUGUGUUCUGGAUCGGAGUUUCUACAAGUGAUUUGUUAUAUAGAUACAGUGUAAUGUGAAUUUUAUAAUAAUAUCUCAAAUUUCUG